UAUCGUUCGUUAAGUGAACAACACCGGCUAUUUCAGCGGCAAGUGGGAAAUUCUGCAAAAGAAGUUUUUAUUCUGUGACUUUUGUAAGAAGUUUAAUAACUAAAGCAAAAUGGGCAAGGAUUUUGAUGCUAUGGGAUUCGUCAAGGACUUCGCUGCCGGAGGUAUCUCCGCAGCUGUCUCAAAGACUGCCGUCGCACCAAUUGAGCGUGUGAAACUGCUGCUGCAGGUUCAGCACAUCUCGAAACAAAUCAGCCCCGAUAAGCAAUACAAGGGUAUGGUUGAUUGCUUUGUCCGCAUUCCAAAGGAACAAGGUUUUGCUUCAUACUGGCGCGGUAACUUGGCCAACGUUAUUAGAUAUUUCCCAACUCAGGCUUUGAACUUUGCCUUCAAGGACAAGUACAAGCAGGUCUUCUUGGGUGGUGUUGACAAGAACACCCAGUUCUGGCGUUACUUCAUGGGCAACUUGGCCUCCGGUGGUGCCGCUGGUGCUACUUCUCUGUGCUUCGUCUACCCAUUGGACUUUGCUCGUACUCGUCUGGCUGCUGAUACCGGCAAGGGUGGCCAACGUGAAUUCACCGGUCUGGGCAACUGCUUGACCAAGAUCUUCAAGAGUGACGGCAUCGUUGGCUUGUACCGCGGUUUCGGCGUCUCUGUCCAGGGCAUCAUCAUCUAUCGUGCUGCAUACUUCGGCUUCUACGAUACUGCCCGCGGCAUGUUGCCCGAUCCCAAGAACACACCCAUCUACAUUAGCUGGGCCAUCGCUCAGGUUGUUACAACUGUUGCUGGUAUUGUGUCCUAUCCCUUCGAUACUGUGCGUCGUCGCAUGAUGAUGCAGUCUGGUCGCAAGGCUACCGAGAUCAUCUACAAGAACACAAUCCACUGCUGGGGAACCAUCGCCAAGCAGGAGGGCACUGGUGCCUUCUUCAAGGGUGCCUUCUCCAACGUUCUCAGAGGCACUGGCGGUGCUUUCGUGCUUGUGCUGUACGAUGAAAUCAAGAAGUUGAUGUAAAUUAAAUUAUUAAAUUAUUCAAACAACAAACAAUACAAUACCAUACAAAAACCACUACCAGCUAAUUAAUGUUAUAUUAUAUGAAAUGAAAAGCAACAACAGCCGCUUAUAAAGUUUGAAAAUAACAACUUCAAAACAACAACAACAAAAUAGCGUUUCUAUAAGAAUAAUAACUGGAAUAUAAUUUAAUUGCACUUGCGCGAGUUAGCAAAAUAAACAAAAACACGCAAAAUAACAUCAAUGAUGGCCAGACAAACAGCAACACACGCAAAACAACAAGUAAAAAAGAAAGGAGGAUACGUGAGAGGAUUUAAUAAAAAAAAAAAGGAAGCGUCAACGGCAACAUUCGAUAUCCACACACAAUUUUAAGCAAUUUUCCACAGACAAAGCCCCCAAAUAUGACGAACAACUAUAGGAGGACCUCUAUCAUUUAUAAUUAUAGUAUUUCUUGUUAAGUUCGACAGUAAAAAAAUUGCCGUUGUUCGUGGAUAACGUUUGUUGCUGGAGCGCAAUGCCAAAACCUCGAAACUGCCCCACACACCUUUUAAGCAGAAUGUUUAGCAAACCAAUACAACAAAAACAA